AGCCCCGAUGGAUCACUCUCCGACUCCGAUACCGCUGGGCGGCCGGCCAGUAUCAUUACUCCGACCCUGCCUGUUAUAGUAGUAUCUAGCUAGGAUAUCGUGAGCGAUCCUCUCAAUCAUAUGCAGUGCGAUCGAGUAGUUCCAAACACGAUCGACAGCUGAAGAGCCCUACUCGAUCGAUAGUCCAAAACCGCCAUGAACCGUUUGUGGUGCUCGCUCUCCCAGAUGCUCCGUCGCUCGGCCGCGCCGCAGCGCCUGCUUCACUGGUGUUCUUCUUCCGCCCCCCGCGUCACGCUCACGCCUGCUCUACUCCGUCGUCCACCCUCGACGACUGUGCUUCGCCGGCAGUUCCAUUGGUACCACGACCCUCGGAAGGCCACAGCGGCGACGGCCAUCGGCUUGGGCGCCGCGGUGCUGGCCGCCUGCGAGGUCGUGCCCUGCACCAACCGCUACCACCUCGUCGUCUACUCCCGCCAGGGGGAGCGCGACCUUGGCAACUCCCUAUUCGCCGCCGAGUUGAGGUCCAUCCACCGGCAUAGGAUGGUCGACCCACACCAUCCGGAUAGCAUCCGCGUCCGCCUCAUCGCCGAGAGAAUCAUCCACGCGGCCAACCGCGGCCUCGGCAUCUACGACAGCCGUGACGCCCCCUUGCUCCGCGUCACCCGCAAAGGGAAGAAGAAGCCAUGGGCGCCACAGCCGCACACGAGGCACCUCCAUGGGCUCGACGGCAGCUGGGAGCUGGUCCUUGCCAGGCAUACUUCCGCCCAUGCCAUGUCCGCGCCCGGUGGCAAACUUUUAGUGUUCACGGGACUGCUCGACUGCUUUAAGACUGAUGGCGAGAUCGCCUUCGUUCUUGCACAUGAGGUUGGGCACCUCAUUGCAAGGCACCAAGCAGAUAUUGGAGAUAGUGUGUGGUUACCAGACUUCCUACGACGGAUCUUCUUACAAAGGAUGGAGAUAGAGGCUGAUCGCAUUGGAAUCUUGCUACUUGCGGCUGCUGGUUUCCAUCCAGACCAUGCCCUUGCGGUCGCCAAGAAGCGAGCUACAAUUGCCAGAAGUUAUUCUGUAUUGAAACAGAUCCUAGAUACUACUCAUCCCCACCCUAAGGACAGAUUGGCGCGUUUGUCAGAGGCCAAGACCAUGGAGGAAGCGCUGGAACUGUACAAUGAAGCUAAUGCCAUGGAUAAAGUAACUGAAAAGUAUUUUUCCGGUAACCCUGGCAUUUCCAUCUCAGAUGAAAAUGGUAUUUCAAAAUUUGAAAAGUAGAUGAUACCUUGUGGGUCAUUGUGGGAAUUUUGUUGCAUUGUAUUUGAGGAAUUUCAAUUUAUGGAAUUUGAGUAUGAGAAAGGAAGCUGAAUAUGCAAUAUGAUCUAUAGUAUUUCAUUGUUA